AUGUGUUGUGGAGGGUGCGCAAAGUGCCUUGGAAUUACUCUCAUUCCUCUGACUCUGCUGUGUGCCCUUGCCAAUAUUUUGCUGUUUUUCCCUGGAGGAAAUGUUGAACCCAGUGAUCAUAUUUCUGAUGAAGUCUGGUACUUUGGAGGGAUCUUGGGUUCGGGUAUACUGAUGGUGUUUCCUAUCUUGGUCUUUUUUGGGCUUAAGAACAAUGAUUGCUGUGGAUGCUGUGGGAAUGAAAGCUGUGGGAAGAGGUUUGCGAUGUUUACUUCUGUAAUAUUUGCAGGAGUGGGAGUUUUGGGAGCUGGGUACAGCUUUGUUUUGUCAGCCGUUGCUCUGGACAGAGGCCCUAAAUGUUCUGUAAACAAUGGAAAUUGGACCUAUCCAUUUAAAAAUGGGAAUUAUUUGGGGAACUAUUCUCUUUGGGAUGAUUGCACGUCACCUGAGUCUGUCGUGCCCUGGAAUCUGACUCUCUUCUCUUUGCUGCUAAUAAUGAGUGGAGCUCAAAUGGUGCUAUGUGCCAUUCAGGCUGUCAACGGGCUCCUUGGAACACUCUGUGGGGACUGCUGUGGGGGAGACGGAGCUGUUUAAAGCGUGCAGAGAUUUCA